CCUCCCAUUCCAUUAAUUUCUGAGAUUUGAAAUAUUUACAACCAGAUUUUUUUCAAUUUUCCUUCAAUUUUUGUGUCAACUAGCAUUUCAAAAUAACGAUGGGCUACUUUGCUGAAAAAGGCACCACACACAGAUGCAUCUAUGCGCUGUUAGUUCUCCUUGUUACACCCACAGCCGUGGUGGCUAGAAGUUCCGCAGCCUCUGGCCGGUCCGGCUGGUCCAACAAAUUUAACAACAAUAACAACAACAACUACGACCGGACCCUGCUCGCACCCAGACAUAUCACACCCUGGGACCCGGAAAAUAAACUACCCCAGACGUCGUCGUUAAGGGAGCGCGAGGGGUUUGAGUUGCCUCGAUUUCUCGUAGUUCCAGCAGGGCUUCAACUGGGGGACAAUUUUGGUGCCUGGAUGGACCCUCUGGAAGGAUCACGUGACGAUGACUACACAUCACUUUUUCCACGGACACCCUUGAGCCGAAAAUAUUUUGCGCCAGGCGGAUCUUCUUUUGCUUCAAAUCCAGAGUUGGAAGCAAAAACAGAAUCGAAGCGCUUCAAAGACAACUGGCAACACCAUCUGAAUCUGGGAUAAAGAGAGCAAAAAUUAGCCAAUUCAACGCAAAAUGAGUCGGGAGAGGAACUUAUAACAUCACUUAUCUCAUUCUAUCGAUUCAGUCCCAUUUCAAAUUUAUUUCACAACAUAA